AUGGCGUCUCAACCCAAAGGAGGUGAUUUCUGCCUUGAGUGCAACUGGGAAGCCUUCCAUAUAGAUGGCAAGGACACGGUAGAUCUAUCUGGAAACCCUACGCAACAUCAUUGGAACUGCUCGGGCCACGAGCUCCCAACACCUUUACCCUCUUAUGAAGUCGAUGAGGCCUGCUGUGACGUUGACGACUGCGCGCUAGACUGUGGGUCAGCAUGCGGUGGUUUUCUGGAUUGUGACACUUCCACCGUCUGCUCUGUUGCUCAUUGCGAGGACGACAACUGUGAAGAUACUAAAUGUGAAGAUAAUCAUUGUGAUACCACUCAUUGCGAGGAAACCAACUGCGAGGAGGAUCACUGUGAAAGUAUUGACCCUCUUUGCUUCGGUGAUCACUGUUGUGAUAGUAUAGACAGUCAAACCUGUGGAUUUGACUCGUUCUUUGGGAUCAACACCCCGCUGUCGCUAGACACUGGUAUCUUCCCUCCUACAAUGAUGGGACAACACGACGCCGGACAUCCGACGAAGGCCAUGGAACAUACCUUCCCUGGAACAUUUGAUCCGAACCAACAGCAAAACUUCUUAUCCUCCUACCAAGCCCACGCGACACAUUGCGACCAAGAUGUACCGAACCACUUCGAAUGCCAUGACUUCCAGAAGGACUGGCAUGGAAUGUUCCCAGCGCCCCCAGUUCCGACUCAAACCGAAGUCAACCCGGCAGAGGUUUUCCAUAUGCUUGGGAUGUGCUCUGACUUUUCUGUGUGUCAAGAUCAACAUGUGACAGGGCAACAAAAUGGCUUCGAUGCCUUCGAGAAAUCAAAAAUCGACACAUCGAACGCAUUUAAUUGCUUUGACCAUGAACACCAACACCAUGCUCACAACCACUUCAAAAACCCCAGCGAUCUGAACUUACAGACUACCCGAAAAGGUCCUCAUCGCAACCAUCAUCGUUGCAGAUCUCACCACCAUACUCAUUCCCAUCCAUACUCUCCCUAUUCCCGACAAUCACGCUCGAGCAUUAGCUCCCACCUCCACUCCAGCCCAGGAGAAACCCCGCCACCCCUCGAUGGUGGCGCCUCUCUGACUUCUCCGGAAUUUUCUGAGGACAAUGAGUCGCAUAUCUGCAAAUGGGCAACGAGCAUCCAUGGAAUCAAGGCUGCUUGCGGGGCUAGAUUUGCAGACUCGGGUGCUCUCCAAGAGCAUCUCAUUGCCAGCCAUAUGGGUACCGUCAAUGGAGCCAAGGGUAAUGGGUACUACUGCUGCUGGGAAGGAUGCCAUCGCCCAGAUGAACCCUUCUCGCAGAAGUCCAAACUACAAGGUCAUUUCCUUACCCACAGCAACUUAUGUGGCAAGACAUUCGCCAGACAAGCCACGUUAGACAGACACGAGCGCAGUCAUCGGGGCGACAAGCCUUACAAGUGCAAACAUUGUGGUAAAUCAUUCACGGACAGCAGCGAAUUGAAAACACAUUCGCGCACCCACACUGGAGAGAAACCUUUCAAGUGCACCUGGCCUGGAUGCAGCUUUACAACGGGCGACCACACGGAGAACGAAGACACAAAUGCCUCUUCCCAGGAUGCACCAAGAGUUUUACAAGACCUGACCAACUUAAACGUCACCAAAGAACAACCCACAAACAUGAAUCCUGCUCAACCCUUCCAUCACCAAGCCCCGCCCCCUUCACAUUGA